AACUCCUGCAGAGCAGUCGCUAUCGGCCGUUCACCAAGCCUGGGGAAAAUGGCGGCCACUCUUCUCCCGACCUUAUCGCCGCCGGUUUCACGUGCCGCCGCCUUCCUCCUCCUCCGAGCACCGCCAAAACCCUUACGCACUCACCAUCAUCUUUUCCGCAGCCUCCUCUCCUCCGCGUCCUCUCCAUCAACCCCUGCCACCCUCCGCUCCCUCGCCCCCAUGGCCUCCGCGGCUACCCCCGACCGCCGCGACCUCCUCAUGCUCGGCAUCGAGACCAGCUGCGACGAUACCGCGGCCGCCGUGGUUAGAGGCGACGGGGAGAUCCUUAGCCAAGUGGUCUCUUCUCAAGCAGAUUUGCUAGUGAAGUACGGGGGUGUGGCUCCUAAGAUGGCUGAGGAAGCUCAUUCUCUUGCAAUUGACCAGGUUGUUCAGAAAGCACUUGAUGAUGCGCAUGUGUCAGAGAGUGAUCUUUCUGCUGUGGCUGUGACUGUUGGGCCAGGACUUAGUCUGUGUCUUCGAGUUGGUGUUCACAAAGCUCGAACAAUAGCCAAAGCAUUUGGCUUGCCUAUAGUUGGAGUUCAUCAUAUGGAGGCGCAUGCAUUGGUUUCGAGGUUAGUGAACAAGGGCCUUGAUUUUCCAUUUUUGGCUCUUCUAAUUUCAGGAGGACACAAUCUUCUUAUUCUUGCUCAUAACCUUGGUGACUAUGUUCAACUGGGGACUACCGUUGAUGAUGCAAUUGGUGAGGCAUAUGACAAGUCAGCAAGAUGGUUGGGACUUGAUAUACGAAAAGGUGGUGGUCCUGCUCUUGAAGAGCUUGCCCUAGAAGGUGAUCCAAAUGCUAUUAAGUUCAGAGUUCCCAUGCGACAACACAAAGAUUGCAAUUUCUCUUACGCUGGUCUCAAGACCCAAGUUCGGUUGGCUAUUGAAUCUAGAAAUCUGUAUGGUAGAUGCACAGAUGGUAUCCCCAUUUCAUCUGCGACAGCAGAAGACAGACAGUUAAGGGCGGACAUUGCUGCUUCUUUCCAGCGAGUUGCUGUUUUACAUUUGGAGGAAAGAUGCCAACGAGCAGUUGAAUGGGCAUUGAAGAUGAAACCUUCUAUCAACAACUUUGUUGUUUCAGGAGGUGUUGCAUCAAAUCAAUAUGUUAGGACUCGCUUGAAUUAUAUUGCCGAGAAGAAUGGCCUACAGCUCGUAUCCCCUCCCCCAAGUCUUUGUACUGACAAUGGUGUCAUGAUUGCUUGGACUGGAAUUGAGCACUUUGUUGCCGGUAGAUUUGACGAUCCACCUGCUGCUGAUGAGCCUGACGAUAUGCAGUAUGACUUGCGUCCGAGAUGGCCUCUUGGUGAGGAAUAUUCAGAAGGAAGAAGUGUUUCACGAUCAAUGAAAACAGCUCGGAUCCAUCCAUCACUUACAUCCAUGAUACAGGGGUCUCUCCACAAGUAGCUUAGUGAGAUCAUUGGUCUUUGCUGCUUGCUGCCAUUGAGUUCCACAUCUUUCAGUUUUGGGAUCAUGAAUAGCCCAGCUCACCUUUUUGUUGUUGUAGAAAUGCAGUCAUUAGCUACAAAUGCUCGAGCUGGCGAGUUGCUAGUUUGUUCAUUAUACAUUUGAGGAGCAAUAUAUUGAUCCUGUUCAUAUCAAUUACAAGAAAAUUAUUGCAUUGUUUUCUAUAUUUUGUA